AUGGGUGACUGUGGCUUUCCGAAACGGGCUGCAUAUCACCAAGAGCAAAUGCCACAAAAGAUGAGUCGGAAAGCUGCUAUAUCGAUUCAGCCACUACUCCAAGGUUUACGACACACCGUUUGUCGCAUUCUUCGACAUGACGCGAGGGAGAAUAUGGCGGCGACUUCGCCUUUGUCUAUCAUAAACCAGCCAGUGAGGAUGAGGCGAGCUUUGCUUGGGUUUUUGAGCCUAGCCGUGGCCCACAAGGAUAUGGACGAGUACAAGUGGCAAGGGAUACUGGUGUCAAAAGAAGUGCGCUCGAGUCUAUGGGAAAGGGAAAGGCAUGGGGUUCUGAGCCGCGAAGAUGUCUGCGGAUUGCUGCACGGAGUGCUAAAUUCGACUACGUGA